CUGCCCCACGUAGGUUUCGAACUCGCAACACCGAGGUGGAGGGCUAGUGAUAAAGUGUCGGGACACCUUAACAACUCGGCCACCGCGGCCCCUUAUCAAGUAGGCGUGAUCCACCUCCCAACAAGUUGCUCUAGUUGCGACGAGUUGACAUGGCAGAUUAUAUAACGCUAAACAAUGGGAACCGAAUCCCUCAAGUCGCCUUAGGGACAUCAAGGAUUUCGCAUGAGAAGCUAGAAGUGACCAUAAAGCGAGCACUAGAAAUGGGGUACCGCCAUCUUGACACAGCAUUUUUAUAUGGAAACGAGGCAGCUAUUGGUAAAGCACUCCAAGAACAUCUGGAAUCCACUACCCUCAGUCGACAGGAGGUUCUCAUUACCACAAAAUUAUAUCCAAAUUUUAUGAAGGGAAGUGCUGUAGGACCGGCCCUAGACGAAAGCCUCAGGAGACUUAGACUUAACUAUGUGGACCUCUUUCUUAUCCAUGUUCCGUGUGCCUUAAAGGAAAUGGAUACCUACCCUGAGAAAGUUACGCAAUCUAGGGAAUUUAUGUCAGUUGAUUUAAGGGAAACAUGGAAGGCUAUGGAAGAAACAGUAUACAUGGGCAAAGCGCGUUCGAUCGGUGUGUCAAACUUCAAUACCAAGCAACUAGAUUAUAUCUGUGAGGUUGCCCGUAUUCAACCAACUGUCAAUCAGGUAGAGGCACAUGCCAGAUUUCCCCAGAAGAAACUCCAUGAGUUUUGUAAAUCCAGGAAUAUCCAACUCCAAGCAUUCGGUCCACUAGGAUCCCCUUGCUUCACCGGAUCGACAGAAAUCAAUAGAGUACAAUCGUCGGAUAACUUGGUAGAACAUCCUGUUAUUAUGGAUAUUGCCGAGAAAUAUAAACGGACACCUGGACAGAUCCUUCUUCGGAACCUUGUACAAAGGGGUAUGGCAGUGGUUCCGAAAUCCGAAAACCCAGAGAGGAUGAAAGAGAACUUACAGAUUUUCUCCUUUUCUUUGAGUGAUGCUGACAUGAACAAAAUAGACGAACUUGACAACGGAGUACGUCGAUUCGUCUUCCUGUGGUACAAGGAUCAUCCGGAAUAUCCUUUCGACGAUGUUUGUUGAAGCAAGGAUUUUGAAACAACCCAUCAAAGUGGCAGUUUAUAUCUUAUCUAUUACUACCAAGACUGUUGAGCUUUGUCCGAUGAUGUAACAUUUCUAGCGAAUGUCAUGUAGCAUGUUCUUGUUGUAUAAAUGUUUUGACUUUCAAGAGUCUGUGUAUUUAGUACCAAGAUGCACUCAAUAUACGUUAUUGAAUAAUGAAAAACAUUUAAUCCACUACGACAAUGCUCCCAAGCGGCAUUUGGUUUCGGCUUCAGAAAAGGUUGAUUUUGACUUUUGAACUGUAUACUAGUAUAUGCCGAAUACCCAUUUCAUUUUUUUGCAAUAAAAUAACUUAUAUUCA